CAUGUAUUGCAUACACAAGUUUUUCAAUUUGGUAGCACUUGAUUUCAUUCUUUUCAAUCUUGGUUGAAGUUUUUUAACUAUGAAAUAAUGAAUGAAGAUGAUAAUUCUGAUUCUGUGAGAAAUCCCCUGAAAGACAUUGAAUUCGAAGGUCGGUAGCAGCUGGGCUAUAGCUGGUGGUGGUUCGUUCAAUUACCAGACGACGCAUGCAAACAGUAGCUUCGUCUGCUCGCCGCCGCACACGGCGGAGAACCACCUUACUCGAACGACCCGGAGCCUCCGUACAUUCACUGCUGCUGGUGGUGGAGGAGGGACGGUAUGGACUGCAAUGGCGCAUAUAAUAACUGGAGUUAUAGGGGCAGGGGUACUGUCCCUUGCAUGGAGCACGGCUCAGCUAGGCUGGAUUGCCGGUCCUCUAACGAUGGUGGUCUUGGCAGCCAUCACCAUCCUUUCUGCAAACCUUCUCUGUGACUGCUACAGAUCUCCCGAUCCUGAAUAUGGGCUCACCAUAAACCGAUCCUACACAGAAGCUAUUAAGUUGUAUUUAGGAGAGAACAGCAAACGAUUUUGCGUAUUGAUUUUUCAGGAGAGCUUAUAUGGGUGUGGAAUUGCAUAUACUAUCACAGCUGCUGCCAGUGUGAAAGCAAUUGAAAGAUCAGAUUGUUACCACAAAGAAGGGCAUGAGGCUCCAUGCGAGUAUGGGGAUACUUUGUAUAUGCUGCUAUUCGGAGCUGUUCAGAUUGUAGUGUCUCAGAUACCAGAUUUCCAUAACAUGGCAUGGCUCUCUGUUGUUGCAGCAAUCAUGUCCUUCUCCUACUCGUUCAUCGGAUUGGGACUUGGCAUUGCAAAAGUUAUUGAAAACGGGGAGAUCAAAGGGAGCAUUGGAGGAGUCUCAGCUGACAGUGCAGUUGACAAACUAUGGUUGAUCCUUCAGGCACUUGGAGAUAUAGCUUUUGCCUAUCCAUAUUCAAUCAUUCUUUUUGAGAUACAGGACACUUUGAAGACACCUCCGCCAGAAAACCAGACCAUGAAGAAGGCUUCUACUGCUUCUAUCUGCAUUACCACAUGUUUCUACCUCUGCUGUGGAUGCUUUGGAUAUGCAGCCUUUGGGAGUGAUACACCGGGGAACCUCUUAACGGGAUUUGGAUUCUAUGAGCCCUAUUGGCUCAUUGAUUUUGCUAAUGCUUGCAUUAUUCUACAUCUAGUUGGAGGAUAUCAGGUAUACAGUCAGCCAUUGUUUGGAUUUACAGAAAGAUGGUUCAGCGAGAAGUUCCCAAACAACGGAUUCGUGAAUAAUUUCUAUCCCUUUAAACUCCCAUUGUUGCCGGCUUUUCAAUUGAAUCCUUUUAGGCUAUGUUUUCGGACCUUUUACGUGGUAUCGACAACUGUGAUUGCAAUGGCCUUCCCUUACUUCAACCAAGUUUUGGGGGUCUUGGGGGCCUUCAACUUUUGGCCUUUGGCUAUAUAUUUCCCUGUGGAAAUGUAUUUUGUGCAGAGGAAGAUUAGGGCUUGGACAACACAGUGGGUUGUUCUUCAAACUAUUAGCUAUGCUUGCUUGAUUGUCUCAAUAUUGGCCUUCGUUGGGUCAGUUGAAGGACUUGUAGCUGCAAGAUGGAGCUAAAACUCUAGUAUAUAUAAGUUUUUUCAAAAUUUGGAAUAGAUCAAUAAAAUUCAUACAAAGGUUCUCUUACAAUUGAGAGAUGUAUGGCAUUUUUAUUGUUUUGGGUUUUGUAAGUGAGUUUUUACUAAAUAUACAUUUUUUAAUUAAAUAAUACUCAGUGUACGCAUUAUGCAUGCAAUUUUAUCA